GCCAGGCUGACGUGGUGACGCAGGGUCGGUGUCGGUGGGAGGCUAUUGUUCUGAGCUGUCAGUGUCGCUGGUUCUGGUCCGGAGGGGAAGGCGAUACCGAGCGGUCCACCUUCACUCUCAGCCUCUGGUCCCCGCUGCUCUACCCCUGGCACGGACAGUCUAACAAAGCCCAGUGCUCCGGGCCGCUUGACAGAGCCGCCAUUGAUAGGAAGCCAUGGCAGGUAAAAGAAUGAUCCCCAGGUAGAGGUAUACAGAUGGUGAAUUGUGCAGAGGUACUAUCGAAGUCUGUCCAUUCAGAAAUACCUGGCUGGAUGCAGACCGUGAAUUUCCCAAUUCUCUGAACCCAGAGGGCACCUCUGCUUAGCCCACAAAGCAAGCUCACGUUGUAGUCUCCUGGCCAGGCUCAGCCGAGGCACUUAAGAAGUGGACACUGUUCCAGAGAUGGGCAUUGGUAGGAACCCGUCAUCUAAGGUAAUGGAAUCCACCAACUCAACAGAUGGGAAAUAUGAAGAGGAAUCCAAGCACACCACCUUCUUCACAAUGCCAGUGGUCAUAAAUGGAGGAGCUGCAUCAAGUGGGGAUCAGGACACUGAAGAUACAGAACUCAUGGCCAUUUAUACCACGGAAGGUGGUAUUGCAGAGAAGAGCUCUCUGGCAGAGACACUGGAUAGCACUGGAAGCUUUGAACGUCAGCGGAUGGAUAUGAUUUACACAGUGGAGGAUGUUCCUCCCUGGUACCUGUGCAUUUUCCUGGGGUUACAGCACUACCUGACAUGUUUCAGUGGGACUGUGGCUGUCCCGUUCCUGCUAGCAGAAGCCAUGUGUGUUGGGUUUGACCAGUGGGCCACUAGCCAACUUAUUGGGACCAUUUUCUUCUGUGUUGGAAUCACUACUCUGCUUCAGACAACAUUUGGGUGCAGGUUACCCUUAUUCCAGGCAAGCGCAUUUGCUUUCUUAGCGCCAGCUCGUGCUAUCCUAUCCCUUGAGAAGUGGAAAUGUAAUGCUACAGAUUUAUCCAUCACCAACGGAACUGAGCUGUUAAACACAGAAGACAUAUGGUAUCCAAGGAUACGAGAGAUACAAGGUGCCAUUAUUAUGUCCUCUUUGAUUGAAGUGGUCAUUGGCUUCCUUGGGCUCCCUGGAGCCUUGCUUAGGUAUAUUGGACCCCUGACCAUUACUCCCACUGUUUCGCUCAUUGGCCUCUCUGGGUUCCAGGCUGCUGGGGAGAGAGCAGGCAAGCACUGGGGCAUCGCUAUGCUAACCAUUUUCCUGGUCCUUCUUUUCUCUCAAUAUGCUAGAAACGUCAAGCUUCCUCUUCCGAUCUAUAAAUCCAAAAAAGGAUGGACAGCAUACAAGUUCCAGCUUUUUAAAAUGUUCCCGAUCAUUAUGGCUAUCCUUGUUUCCUGGCUGCUUUGCUUUAUCUUUACGGUGACUGAUGUUUUCCCACCGGACAGCACCAAAUAUGGGUAUUAUGCACGGACUGAUGCCAGACAAGGGGUAUUGACUGUGGCCCCGUGGUUUAAGGUGCCUUACCCAUUUCAGUGGGGUCUUCCCACUGUGUCCGCAGCUGGUGUCAUCGGAAUGCUGAGCGCUGUGGUAGCAAGUAUCAUUGAAUCUAUAGGGGAUUACUAUGCCUGCGCGAGACUCUCUUGUGCACCCCCACCUCCUAUCCAUGCUAUCAACAGGGGGAUCUUCAUUGAAGGCCUGUCCUGUGUCCUAGAUGGAGUGUUUGGUACUGGGAAUGGAUCAACUUCAUCCAGUCCUAACAUUGGAGUGUUGGGUAUAACCAAGGUUGCCAGUCGUAGAGUCAUCCAGUAUGGUGCGGCAUUCAUGUUACUACUUGGAAUGAUUGGGAAGUUCAGUGCACUGUUUGCUUCUCUGCCCGAUCCAGUUCUCGGUGCCCUAUUUUGUACUUUGUUUGGCAUGAUCACCGCUGUGGGUCUCUCCAAUCUUCAGUUUGUUGAUCUGAACUCUUCUCGGAACCUUUUCGUCUUGGGCUUCUCCAUUUUCUUUGGUCUUAUGCUUCCAAGUUAUUUAAAGGAGAAUCCUCUAGUUACAGGCAUUGCAGAGAUCGAUCAAGUGUUAAAUGUGCUUUUGACAACAGCAAUGUUUGUUGGAGGGUGUGUUGCUUUCAUUUUGGAUAACACUAUUCCAGGGACACCUGAGGAACGGGGCAUUCGUAAAUGGAAACGUGGGCUGAGCAAAGGAGGCUCUGCCAUAGAAGGAAUGGAGUCCUAUGACUUGCCGUUUGUGAUGAACUUUCUCCGAAGAUACAAAUUUUUUAGCUACCUUCCCAUCAGCCCCACAUUUGCUGGAUAUCAGUGGAAAUCUUUCCGAAGGGGUAGUAAGACCCGGAGAGCAGAAAUAGAAACUGAACCUACCGUAUAGCCCUGGCCUUCCGUCCCCCACUACCAUUCAUAACUUAUCUUAUCGUACAGUUACCAGUCGUUACAAUUUCUUGCCGAGUUUACCAAGCCUUGAACCAGACGAGUUUUUAGCGUUUUUGUCUCUGUAUUUGAAUAGAGCAUUUCUAGGGCUGAGACCCAGGGUGCAUUAUGGGCUUUAAAUCCCUUAUACCAAUUUAAUAUUGUGCCAUAUAUGCAGUGAUUCAAUCUUUGUUUGUUUUUUUAAAUAAUCUUGCUCUAUUUUCCCAAAAACUCUUCUCUGUACAAUUUUUUACAAACAUUUGGCCCUCUUUCUCUUUAAUCUGUUUGUGCUUUGCUCUGCAUGGCAGACCUUUUUGGUAUAUAAAUGGUUAAUUCAACACUGGCUGGUUAAACGGGUAUUGGUGCCAAUGAGUUAGGCACACUUUGGUUGUUCCCCUCUGUCUCAGCUCGAGAAUAUAUGUAUUUUUUUUUUAUUUUUUUUGUCACCUAUUCUUACCAAUGCUCUCUUGAAGUAAUGGGCCACCAUUCUUUAAAACAAUACUUUAUCCCUGUAUUCCAUCGAGUUUUUAGUUUAAAAAAACUGGAUGCAAUCGGUUUUCUCAUGAGAGUUUUAUGGCCAGUAGAUGUACUUUGUCAUCCUGGUUUGCACCUUAACCAUCAGCCAUACAUACAGAUGAUUCAUGAUGUGUAUAUAGAUUUAGUUGAUGGGAUAUCUAAUAUCUACCAAGUCUUUGCACAUGGCUCAUAAAAAGUCAAUUUUUACUGCACUGAACUGUGUUUAGGCUUGUGCUAAUUUAUUUUUCCCCAUAUUACCCUUUUAUAACUUAUCUUAAUAUUUCUGAAUGUAUUGUAUGGUUAAUUGUGGGUUUUCCAUGCAUUGAUUCUGCUACCGUAAGCAAUAGUUUUAGUAUAAUUAUCCACAUAGGUCACAGUAAAAAAGAAAUAUAUUUAAUGACACAAUUCUACAUUUCAAAAUGCAUGAUCAGUUAUGAAUUUGAUAACUUAUUAGGCCAUCUAACGAAUAACUGUGAACAACGUUACGCAACUCAGGACAAGAUGCUGGGGAACCUACCGAGUUACCAGUGUGGCUAUUUUAUUCUGAUGUUUCCUUGCCAGAUCACCACAAAUCACUGUAUAUUGAAUGAAACCUAUAUACCCAUAUUUUAAAGACCCACUUUUUUUUUCCUUCUCUUCAUGAGUCAUUACUUAAAACCUGUUAAGAAAAACAUCCAAUCCACUUAAUCAGGAAUCCAUCAGAUGCAGUGAAGACUUAACUUGUGAGCUGUGUGCAAAGCGGGAAGCAGAGCCCAUGUUGGUUUUUUGGUAUUGCCAAUAACUUAGCACGGUUGACAAUUUUCAGAGGUGCAGGCCCCUCUGACAUUGCUGUUAAAGCUGUGAUGAUUCCAUGAGUGAGAAUGAUGUAGAAAAAUGCUUUAUGUACUUAUAUAUAUAUUUUUGUCACAGUGAUACUUUGGGUUUACACAUUUCUCAGUAUUUUCAUAGAUGUUUUACAUAGCAUUCAUCAACUCCUCUGUUCUGUAAUCCAAGCAGCAGGCGUUGAGGGAGAAACCUAAUAAUCUCAUGACAGUGUCAUGUGACUAAUUCUCCUGUGUACGUAUGUAUAUAGAAAUAAAAUUAUACAUAUGUUUGAGUAGUCUGCGUGUAUACAUUUAACUAAUCCUGUAAUGUUCCUUUUGUGGAAAGCCUUAAGUAGGCAAAAAAUCCUCACUCUUUGAGGCAAAUUGCCUUGUAAGGUUCUCUCAUAUCCUGUUGUAAAGGCACUUAUUUAUAUUGAGGGUGAAUAUUCUAGUAUAAAUAUUUUCUGUGGCCUCGGAAUCUAAUUCUCAAUAGGCAGAAGACUUUGUUCAUUGGUGUCUCGUUGCCACAUAAAUGAUAACAUUGUAUGAAACGGUAAGCAAGCAACUUUAAAUAUGUCAGCCAGAAUUACCAAGCAUGAAAAGAACACUCCAACUCAUUGUAACCAAAAAUUGUCUCCCACUCUAUUUUGGUACAAAAGUUGGCCGGUUGACGAGUUGGUUGUCGGUUAACAGAAUAAAUGUCACUGUUUCUUGGGAAAGUGAUGCAAAUUUUUAAUUCUAGCUGUAAGGAAUGCAUACACAAUGUGUUGCCAUUUUCUUUCUCUUCCUUGUAGUUUUGUAGGUUUAAUCAGUAAAUUAGAUCUUUUUAGCCUAUUCUAUUUUAUUCUACAACGAUGUUUACCACUUGGACCCAUUCAUUAGACUUGGACUUAAUUUAAUAUUCCAAUCUGUUUGCCCAUCCAUUGCUUUGUACAAGCCUGCACAUUAUUUGUCUGCUGGCAUUUUUCACCACUGACUUCUGCUAUGCCUUAAUAUACUUCUAAGAUUAUGACUUCCUCCAAAUUUAUGCAAUUAAAGGAAUAGUUAUGUGCAUUAACACUCACCUGUGAAGGUUGCAGAAAAGGAUUUGUAGGUGUCUUUGCAGUUUCAAGUGAGGCUUGUCGUUUCAAGAUUGAGACAUUGACCAAAUGGAGAAAAUGUAUAGACUCUGAGCGAUUCUAUUCACUUGGACCAUAUUUUCCAAAUGGGUUCCCUUUAUUCAUGUUUUCACUAUCUCACCCUUUAGAA